AUGGUUUUACGAAGUGUUAGAACAGGUGUUCUCACAUGCCUUCUUUUAGCCCUCUCCGCCAUGGCGAUACUCAUAUCACAUGUGAUCUCGGGAAGGGGAACUUCGCUACCUUGGUUCUACAAAACCUCGCAAGUCUCAGUUAGCAACCACAGCACCGCAAGACCUGUGACAAACAAAGAGAUCUUAGGGAUAACAAAGCACACCCCAGAUACCUCAAUAAGUGUGUUCGUGAGGAUGUCUGGCAAACGACCAGAUCACAGGCAACGUUAUUUGUGUAACGUUUUCAGGACUUCUGUUCUCUUCUGGCCUCCUUCCUUUGGAAAUUUAGUCGUAGGACUUGAUGAAGAAUCACAAGAGGAUCAUGAAUUUGCCGAAAAAUUAAAAACACUUGCCCAAAAAUACUUUCCUGAUCGUAGACUUGAAUUCUUUUAUGAGGCCCUUCCAAAGGACAAAGGAACUCUGGAGUUUAAAGGCUCGCCUAAGACACCCGGUUAUAACAGACAACUUUGGAGCAGUUUUUUCAUCGACCUACUAUCAAAUGACACCGUCAUUGCUUGGAUGGACAGCGACUCAGCUUUUUUUACCCCAGUAACUAAGUCCACUAUUUUUAAUGGGACAAAGGUACGAGCCUUAGGCUCCGCCUGCACAUUCUACAGGAGCUGGGUAUAUAAAUGGGCAGAUACUACUAAACAGGCGCUAGGAUUACCAUUUGUCGUUGAUUUUAUGACGUAUUUUCCGGUAUAUAUGUACCGAGACACGGUCACUCACUGCAGAGAGCAUAUCCUAAAACAUUUAAAUACAAAUAACUUUGAGGAGGCCUUCAGAAAGUUUUACACGACUUUUAUCUCUCCAGUCAGCAUCAUCCUCUCUUAUGCAUGGUACUUUGAGAGAGAUCGCUACGACUGGAAUUUUGAAAUGUGCACUGACCUAACAGAAUAUAAUAAAAGAUUUCCAAGUGGCCACACCAUUAGGCCCGAAGAUAUAGAAACUGUUCUUUCCGAGCCUCAAACAGGUUAUCAUGGUAACGCUGGGUUGGCUCUCAACGAAAAUGUCUUUACCAGUUAUUGCUUAUCACACAAAGCAGCAGGAAAUAAUUUGGAUAUACACAGCAAAUUCGAGGUUGUAAAUUAACACCAAGGGAGAUAUACAUUAACACUGAAUUAGUGUUGUCAUAACACUUGCCGAGUGUUUCUUAAAAGAUACACCAAUUCAGUGUAUGAACACACUAAAAUGGUGUAAUCAAGAAAUGUGGCGCACAUUGGCGGUGUAAAGUUACACUACGUCUGUGUUUCAGAAAUCUUGCAAGAACUUAACACAACUGGUGUGUUAUUUUACACCAAAUCGUGUAUCAAAACACUAACACGGAGUUUAAUCUGAAAUUAUCAAUUGCAUACCCCAGGUCAGAAAUGUUUAAAAUAACCACCCUGCUCACGUGAAUAGACCGAAUAGGUCUAUUGCCUUUCAAAAAAUAUGAGAUGUGUGGCAGUGCUCCAGCAAUGAAAGUAGUUAUACUUCUUGGUGCUAAAAGUUAUGUGAAUCCUUUAUUAAGGAUGAUGUAAUUUCCUCUUCUUCAAAAAUUGACUGAUCUAAUAAUGACAAUUAUCCUUACGUACUUUAUUACGGGCAGAGAACCCUAAAAAAAAAAAAACAUACACACAGACACACCGUGAUACGAGCAUCUACUACCAGGGCCCCACGUGCUUUCCGUGACUAAUUGAAAGCACGUGUUUUCAGUGUUUAUACGCCGGAAAGGUGAAAACAAAGAUAAUUGUGCAAAAUUAAAAUAUUCUAAAAAGACGGCAUUUGUCUUAUAAGCAAGUUAACCUUCGAAACAUCACGAAAACAUCGCAUUUGCUUAACACCAGUCAUUUUUAUAUUUGUAUGCUGCGUGAGGUUCACGAAAGUGAUCUUGUAAGUUUUAUUGAAACGCGUCUAUCAACGUCGGCAAGCGAAACAACAUCGGAAUGUUUUGUGUGCGGAUACGACCAAUCACAACUCAGUCCUAAAACGUGUGAACAUUCCUUUCAAGACGGUACUUAUCAAGUAAUGUUUUGUCCAAUCAGAGAAGAGCGGAAAGGUUUCGUGUCUUGUUCAACGUUGCGUGCUGUUCAUAUAUUCACGCACAGCGAAGCAGUCGCUGUGCAUUUCACCGUCUGUAGAUUCUGCACGGAAGAGUUAAAUUAUUUAGUCUGUCUGUUUUAAGGGUAAAACCAAGCCGGCUUCACUUAUUUUUAUAUGCGAAGAUGUUCAAGAGUGGAUGAAGAAGGAGGGGUAUUCAGGCAUUUGCCGAUAAUUUUUAAGGUAAGAUAAUAGCCUGUCCUAACUAAAUAAUAUGUUCUGCUUUUAAAAGAAAAAAACCCUCAUAUACUGUGACACGAACCUACAAUUCGUAAAACGGUAUUCUGAUACAUCUUUCUUUUGAUUCCCCAUCUAACAAAAGUUCCCAACUGAAAAUGCACUUUUGGCGCGAAAUAACGGAACACGUUGACGUUUUUACUUCGCAUUAUAUUAAUUAAGGCCUGAAAGUUUAGCUUUAAAAACUUUAAUUUUCCUUUCUUAACUCUUUACUUUUUAACUUCCAAAGCUGAACAGGUUCGGUUGUGCAUGAAUGAGGAGACCCUGAAGACCCUCGUGCCCCCUGCUGGCGUUCUCGCUAAUCUUCUUCACAAGGUAUACGAAAACUUGACUUGAUAAAAGCACUGAAGUUCGGAUAAUUCACGAAGUGUCUACCGAAGCGCGACGUGUACAAGAAGCCGUUAAUGCUGAAACAGUUGGCGAGGCAUCUAGCACCCCAACAGUUGAUAAAAAGAGGUGAGAACCUAUUUACACUUCCAAAGGGCCAGUGACUGUCACAAACAUCAUUUCAUUUUAUCUGAAAACGGCAAGGGGAGUAGAAGGGGAGGGAUUUGCAAAUUUUGUGCAUGUGGUCCUAUAUUGUAAGCUUUUUUUCCUGCAAUCCGGUCAAUUAUGGAAAAUCCAAACUAUAACAAAAGAGACAAUAUUAUAUAUAGGGAAUUUACUAGCAAUGAGAAGCUUGCAACAUAGACAAGUUAAUACUGACAUAUUUCUUAGGUAGGGUGGGUGGGAAAUUAGGUUCAGUGGAAGAAAGAAGACUCAGUUACAAUGCAUUAGUCAACCUAUACGGAGCGGUUAGGAGAGAAUCCUGGGAACGAGGUUUUGGAUUAGUAAGCAAAUUCUAAACACAUCAUUACCUAUUUCAUGUUACACCUCCACAAUUUGCCAAUGUGUGCUGUCCAUAUACAAUGUAAAAGAACGUAUAAACAUUUUCAAUCAUUCACAGGAGAUACGUGUAAUGAAAAAUAUUAUUUUCAGCCAUCCUAUUCAUUUUAACCAUGAUACUUCAAUACUGUCUUUUUCGAUAAAAGUGCCUGAGACCAAAAACUGUAAGGUUCUGUUCAGUAAUACAAUAAUCGAGGCUGCAAAAAGUAUUAUUAAAAUAUGUCUGUAAGGUUCUCAAUUAUAUAUAUUCCCAAACAACUUACCUUUAUCUUUCAAUUCAUCAUGUUGUGGGUUUCCAUAGCUAUGUAAAGUUGGAUUUUCCGCUUUUAACUAGCUCCAAAGUUGAGAGGCGAGCCCGCUCAUUACUUGGAACAUGAUGAAUUGAUAGCUGGUAAUAAUUAUAGUUAUCUAAAAUUAUCAGAAAAACUUAAGAAGGAUAGAAAAACAAAAAAGAAAGAAAGGACGGAAGAAAGACUAAGAAAAAGGAAAUACACUCACAGUAAUGCUUCCAGCCCCUUUGAACAAAUUUUUAUUAUUCGCGGCAUUUUUUUUUUUUAGUUGGAAAAGAUCUGAUGAGGCAAAAAGGCGUCAGAGACGAGCUCGAAAUAAACGAAGAAGGCUUGAAAUAAAACAAAAAAAGAAAAACGCUCAUGAAGAGCUAGUUUUAGAAAAAAAAGAAAAGACAGACAACCGAAGAAAAACUGUCUUCUGUCAAAAAAAAAAAUCAAGAGAAGUUUCACCAACUGUGGCGUCAAACAGAACGUGAAAAAGAAAGAUUGCUUCAUUUGCAGAUGAAAAAUAAAACAAAGUCAAUCAAUUCUUCAGAUAGUGCUGUGGCAGUAACAAACUCAUUCCUAGAGAUUCCACGGGAACAGAAAGUACAUGUGAAUAUGGACAGUGAUUCCAAAAACUUAAUAACCCUUUGGGAAGGAAAGUUUGGAAAAGUUACACUGGACUUGCCUUUUAUCGAGAAAUGCCUGUUGCAGGGAAACAAUUCAGUGAAGGAGUCUCACAAACAGAAUUAAGUUGAGCAUGAGGCAAACAUUAUUUCCUCAUUUAAUCAGGCUAAAUCUUUCAUGCUUGUACUACAAUCCUAAUUCGUUUUUCGGCAGGAACCAUUCAACCGAUUUCUAUGAUGUUUUUGACAGUUUUUGUAAAAAUUCGGUUUUAAACAUAAGCUGAUAUCUCAAACAGUGUUAAACCUACACAAAAAUAGACAACAUUUUCUUAAAUUUGCACUAUUCUUUAUUAAGGAUGCCAAAAAUGAAAAACGCGAUUCAAAAACAUACCCAGCGUGCAUAUAAAUAGGUUCGGGCCAUCUGAAGAAUUGGAUGAACAUACAAAACUUUCCAUUUCAAUAUUUAUUGACUUUUAUUAUGCUGCAGUUGAGAAAACACAUUUAUUGAAAGUGUUCUUUUGCAUCUUUUUUCCUCUUUAUAGAAUGGUGUUGAUGCUAAUAAAGUUGCCGAGAACGGCAAGGAGGGAAUGACGCACUUCAUCAUCUUUGAGGGGCAACUGCAAGCCCCAGAUGAUAUAUACCUGAGUGGGGAAAGGAAUCUCCCUCUAAAGGUUAAUCGAGGACAUACCAGCGCCUUGCUCACUCUAAUAUAUGUUGUGUGUAAUAUAGAAUAUCCGGAAGAAUGCAGACACUCGUAUUCAUUUGUCCCAGAGAGACGUUUUGAAUGGACAAUGUUAAUAUACCGACUAAGGUAUUACAGCUCAUGAAUGAACUGAAUCAGUUCCAAGCUCGUAAUUAAAGCAAACUAAAAUUAAAUCUACACGACUUGUUGUGUAAUCUGCCUUUCACAUCAAUAGAUAAGCCGAACGACGACAACGACGGUGGCAAAAACGUUUCUUAAAAAGAAGAUCCACGUUGUUUCAAAUUUUAUCUCUCCGGCUUCUAUAGUUCUGUAUAGGACUAUAUUAAUAUUUGAAUUUUUAAUAAAAGGUUACAUGAGAAAAUCGUUCUCUCAUGCAGUGUGCUCUCAUCCUCCGCAAAACUAAAAAGUCUUAGAAAAGAAAGACCUACGGUGUACAGCCCUCUUAGUUUUUAACACUUGUUUUAAUUCGUGCUGUUUUACUGAAUUCUGAAGAGAACAAAGUUUUUAUUACUAUCAGGGUAAAGCAAUUAAAUGGGAGUAAAUUUACAGGUUGUUGUCGUAGCUGUUACUUUGUCUACUUUUAAGACUUCUUCAUGAGUUACAAAUAGUGUUGGCUCAGCACUCAAACGGUGUGUUAUAACACAAUUGGAAGUGUUGAUCUACACUAAUACAGUGUAAAAUUCCCAGUAGUGUAAAUUUACCUGACUUUGGUGUGCACACAGCUGCAAUGGGUUUUACACAUAUUCAGUGUCAUCAUUACUCUUUUUUAGUGUAACAAAAACACCAGAACAGUGUAAAGGAGACAUAUUUUUGGUGUAUUUUAACACCAAAAUUGGUUUACGUUAACCCAAUUUUGGUGUUACUAAACACCAAUAUAGAGAAAAUAUACGCCAGGUCAGUGUUGCUGUAACACUGCAAAGGUGUUUUUAAACGCAUUCAGGAUCGUAUGUAGGUCAUAUUUACACCAUUUUGGUGUAAAUAUACACGACAGUAGUGUUAACUGAACACGUAUUUGGUGUUCACACAGCUGCAAAAAUUUACACUUUUUUGGUGUUACCAUAACACCUCGAUUUUGCUGUGUAUGUUCUAAUCAUUCCGUGUCGCCAAGCGAUAAUUUACUCUUUUUUGUCCACGAUCUUCAGGGAGGUGUUGAUAAGCACCCAUGUAAAGGUGACCUUACCAAUACCUGUUUGCAAGUUCUAGAGCGACAUUAUAACCAAGUCGGACUUGAGAUAAAACAAGGCCGUAAGCUAGAAUGGAGCAGUUUAGAAACUGCCGAUACGCUUGCCAGGGAAUUUGGUAUAACAUGUCCGCCGAUUAAAGUUUGA